UGUUCCACUUCCCCCUCUUCCUGCCGGCUGCCGCCGCUCCGUCGUACGGACGCUCGCGGCGCCGCACAAAGGACAGCCCGCGAAGAUGGCUGACUCGCCAACGGUCGAUGCCGUCCUUCACAACGCGGUCAUCGUCACCAUAGAUGGCGCGCUCCGCGUCCUCCGGGACGGCGCUGUCGCCGUCGCCGGCGACCGCAUCGCCGCUGUGGGCCCCUCCGCCGACGUCCUCGCCGCCUUCCCCUGCGCCGUGCAGACCCUCGACCUUGGUGGCCGCAUCGUCCUUCCAGGGCUUGUAAACACGCACGUGCACACAUCGCAGCAGCUGGCGCGAGGGAUCGCCGACGACGUUGACCUGAUGACGUGGCUGCACGGGAGGAUAUGGCCCUAUGAGUCACACAUGACGGAGGAAGACUCCUAUGCCUCCACCCUCCUCUGCGGCAUUGAGCUCAUCCGGUCUGGGGUGACAUGCUUUGCAGAAGCAGGUGGGCAGUUUGUUUCAGAAAUGGCACGCGCUGUGGAGUUGUUAGGCUUGAGAGCGUGUUUGACAAAGUCAACAAUGGAUUGUGGUGAUGGUUUGCCUCCAAAUUGGAGUUGUUGCUCCACUGACGAUUGCAUUCAGUCACAGAAGGAACUAUAUGAAAAGCAUCACAAUACAGCUGAUGGGCGUAUCAGGAUAUGGUUUGGGUUGAGACAGAUAAUGAAUGCAACAGAUCGUUUACUGCUUGAAACAAGAGAUGUUGCCCAGAAGCUAAAUACUGGAAUCCAUAUGCAUAUUGCAGAAAUACCAUAUGAAAAUCAACUUAUAGUUCGGACCAAAGGAAUUGAUCAUGGCACAGUGACAUAUUUAGAGAAAAUUGAUUUCCUGAGGAGUAAUUUACUGUCUGCCCAUUCUGUUUGGUUGAAUGAACCUGAGAUAGGCCAUUUUUCAAAGGCUGGUGUUAAGGUUUCUCACUGUCCUGCAUCUGCCAUGCGGAUGUUGGGAUUUGCUCCUAUUAGAGAAAUGCUGGAUUCUGGUGUUUGUGUCUCCCUUGGUACAGAUGGAGCACCAAGCAAUAAUAGAAUGAGCAUUGUGGAUGAGAUGUACUUAGCAUCCCUAAUUAACAAAGGUCGUGAGGCAUACAUCAGUGGAACAACAAACCCAACUGCUCUUCCUGCUGAGACUGUGCUGAAGAUGGCUACUAUUAAUGGUGCAAAAGCAGUCCUGUGGGACAAUGAAAUAGGUUCGCUGGAGGUUGGGAAAAAGGCGGACUUGGUUGUGGUGAAUCCAUUUACAUGGUCCAUGGUCCCCUUACAUGACAGAAUUGCCAACAUUGUCUAUUCCAUGCGGACAGAGAAUAUUGAGUCUGUUAUGUGCAAUGGUCAGUGGAUCAUGAAGGACCACAAAAUCAUGAAUCUCAAUGAGGAAGAGGAAAUUUCGUCAGCUGUGAAAAGAGCGAACGACCUUCUUGAGCGAGCUGGCAUCAAUCUCCCCAGUCGGAUGAACUACGUAUAGUUAUUCUCUUUCCAUUUCGUCAUGUAUGGUCAGUUGGCACCAUGCCCGCUAAUUGCAGUGGUGCAAGCUUGCAUGAUGGCCCGGCAGGAUUUGUACUCGUACUGUUUGGUUCAUCCUCGGGUAAUGUGAGCUCAAAUGUAAUCAGCUCAUGUCGGUUUAGUCGGUGGGAACGUUGAUUGCCGACUUUGAUUGGUUUGGCGUUGUAACGGUAAUAGUAGAGGCGGAUGGCAGCGCAAUCAAAUAACCCCCGGAGACGAGCGGUAGGAAUAGGACGGUAUCUGAUUACGAGGUAUUGCAUAACGGACAGAACUGAAACAAACGUCUGCAUCGUUAUCCAGUCCCCUAAGUAAACAGAUUACAUUUCAUAAAGCUAAACGCCAUCUUUGUAUUAUGACUAGUCUUCCACUUUUGGAGUAAAGACAUGCUUGGAUGAUCGUAGCCAUGACUUCA